AUGACAGAAAGUCAUUCCACGCGAACAAUAAGAGCCCCAGCCGAGGCGUCGCGGAGCAGCUCUGGAAAAGCCCCGCGCUGGCGGGUGGCGGAACGGCCUGCGGGCCGGACCGGGUCCUACCUGCUGCGGCCGCGGAGGCUGCGGCACCACUGCGGGCGCCGCGACCCGGCCCGGCCCGGCCCGGAGCCCGCUGCUCGCGGCCGCGCCCCGGCGCUUCCCGGGACCUCGGAAUACCGUGCCGCUGAUGGACAAAAUGUUGGAAUCAAGCAUAUUCCUGCAACCCAGUGUGGCAUUUGGGUUCGAACCAGCAAUGGAGGUCAUUUUGCUUCACCAAAUUAUCCUGACUCCUAUCCACCAAACAAGGAGUGUAUCUACAUUUUGGAAGCUGCUCCACGUCAAAGAAUAGAGCUGACCUUUGAUGAACAUUAUUAUAUAGAACCAUCAUUUGAAUGUCGGUUUGACCACUUGGAGGUUCGAGAUGGGCCAUUUGGUUUCUCUCCACUUAUAGAUCGUUACUGUGGUGUGAAAAGCCCUCCACUCAUUAGAUCAACAGGGAGAUUCAUGUGGAUUAAGUUUAGUUCUGAUGAAGAACUUGAAGGACUGGGAUUUCGAGCAAAAUAUUCAUUUAUUCCAGAUCCAGACUUUACUUACCUAGGAGAUUGCCAGUUUGAGCUCUCGGGAGCUGAUGGAAUAGUGCGUUCUAGUCAGGUAGAACAAGAAGAAAAAACAAAACCUGGCCAAGCAGUUGAUUGCAUAUGGACAAUUAAGGCUACUCCAAAAGCCAAGAUUUAUUUGAGGUUCCUAGAUUAUCAAAUGGAGCACUCAAAUGAAUGCAAGAGAAACUUUGUUGCAGUUUAUGAUGGAAGCAGUUCUAUUGAAAAUCUGAAGGCCAAGUUUUGCAGCACUGUGGCCAAUGAUGUGAUGCUGAAAACAGGAGUUGGAGUGAUCCGAAUGUGGGCAGAUGAAGGUAGUCGGCUAAGCAGAUUCAGAAUGCUCUUUACUUCCUUUGUGGAGCCUCCCUGCACAGGUAGCACUUUCUUCUGCCACAGCAACAUGUGCAUCAACAAUUCUUUAGUCUGUAACGGUGUUCAGAACUGUGCAUACCCUUGGGACGAAAAUCACUGUAAAGAAAAGAAAAAAGCAGGACUAUUUGAACAAGUCACUAAAACCCAUGGAACAAUUAUUGGCAUCACAUCAGGGAUUGUCUUGGUCCUUCUCAUUAUUUCUAUUUUAGUACAAGUGAAACAGCCUCGAAAAAAGGUCAUGGCUUGCAAAACUGCGUUUAAUAAAACUGGAUUUCAGGAAGUGUUUGAUCCUCCUCAUUAUGAACUGUUUUCCCUACGGGACAAAGAGAUUUCUGCAGACCUAGCUGACUUGUCAGAAGAACUGGACAACUACCAGAAGAUGCGGCACUCCUCCACUGCCUCCCGGUGCAUUCAUGACCAUCACUGUGGGUCGCAAGCACCCAGUGUCAAACAGAGCAGGACCAACCUGAGUUCCAUGGAACUGCCUUUCCGAAAUGAUUUUGCACAACCACAGCCAAUGAAAACAUUUAACAGCACUUUCAAAAAGAGUAGCUACACUUUCAAACAGGCACAUGAGUGCCCUGAACAGGCCCUAGAAGACAGAGUAAUGGAGGAGAUUCCUUGUGAAAUUUAUGUCAGAGGGCGAGAAGAUUCUGCACAAGCGUCCAUAUCCAUCGAUUUUUAACCUUCUACUAAGGGGACAUUAAUUAUUAAGUGUGUGUGUAUGCAGCCUACAGAGCACCCAUGCUCUUCAGCAGCCAACCCUUUUCUCCUAUCAAAACUAGCAAGACCUUCGUUCCCACCAACCUACUGUAACAGUGAAGCUUUUCUUGUCUCAGGCAGUCUAUGUGUUAAACCAACCAAGGGACCUCCUCCGGUCCAUGAACAAAAUAACAGUCACUAUUGCUUGGUAUCACACACACAAAGUACCAGCGAAAUAGCAUUUGAAGGGGGGGGGGUGGUGCUGAGCCAGGCUCAGGCUGCCUGUUAGGCUUAGCAACAGGAAUACUGCUCUGGAUUGAUACAGCUUGUCAACAUUUUGAUCCCACAAUAAGUUUAAAAAUAAGAUUUGUCUCUACAUUCCUUUUGGUUUUUUUUCCCUCUAAAUUUAAUUUGUUUUGUAAGUCCGUGAUUUUACCAUUUUGGUUUCUUACAUAAACAUAAAUGGUUAAUGUACCACACAUACUUCAAUACAGGCAUUUGUUCUAGAAUUUGUCAAAAUAUAACUCGUUACUGUGCUAAGUGCCAGUGAAGACCCAGAGUUCUGUUUCACCCAUCUGUUUCUUCUUGACUAAUUUCUAUACUGCUGCCUUUUAAUUACUGAAUCCUUAGUCCUUAUUUUUUGUGAAUAGUAGAUGAUAUGAUUUAUCAUCUUUAAGUCCUAUUUUGUCUUAUACUAGAAGAUUUCAUAAUCCUAGGAUGUACGCACCCUUGCCAGUUAUGACUAAAAACUUGAAAGAGAUUAAAACUUCUGGAAAUCCUUUCAAAUUUCCCAAAUUUGGUCACAUGCGGUGGUGGCCCAUUCAUUCCUGUGUGCAGUCGUUUCAUUCAUCUUGGGGGAGGCUGGUAAUUAUGUUUCUUUGCAGCAUUUCUCAUCACCAGAUUUGUGUUUCCUGUUGUUUUUAUAAGAUGAUUUUGCUCCCUUUGUAUUGGUUUAUGUUAUGGCAUAUGGUAGCCAAGGUUGUAUGAGAGUUAAAGGAAAAUUCCUAAGAAACUGUAAGAGCCCUCAAAUUGCUUCUUACUUGGGACAAUACAUUUUUCUAGUUCUUACCAAGAAUAACAACUUCCACUUUUUUUUAAACUGCACUUUUGACCUUAUGUUUUUUUUUAUGGUAUAUAAACAAUAAUUUAUAAACAUGAUAUAAAAACUCAUUGUGUUUUUUUAGACUUUUGAUAUUAUUUGAUACUGUACAAACUUUAUUAAAUCAAGAUUAAAGACCUACAUGAGCGAUUUCUUUCAGUGUUCACAUUAGUGGCUUUAUGUACAAAUAUGCUGUGAUGGAACGACACGUUAUAACUUACUGUAAAGACCUUAGUAAUGUGUACGUAAGCGUUUGUUUCCUUUUGUUAUUGCAUUUAGUUUAUGAUGAAA